GAACAGGAAGUCUACGAGAAGAGGGAAAAACAGCACAGCGUUCGUCUAAUGGGGUUUUCCACUGUGUAGGAUUUGAAGAAAUGAUGAAGUCUACGGUGGAAGGAGGAGACACGAGCGGCAGAUAAGGGCCAGAUAAGACGUGCUGGAGGAAACUUUCAGGUUUCUGGUUAAGUUUGAAUAGAAUUUGAGAAGCGAAAGCACGUUUGAGGCAAAAGGGAAGACGGAGUUCGAAGUGUAAGACGUUUUUUUUUAUGAGAUCGAGCUACAACUGAAUGGGAUCAAAUGUCUCGGACGAAAUGCAAAGAGGAUUCGUAUCUCAAAGAUGGAGUCUGCUGUAAACGCUGUGAUGCAGGCACGUACAAGAAGAAAGACUGUGACGCCACGACGGAAACGCAGUGUGCAAAAUGUGAGCAGGGGCGGUACAUGGCCACUGUAAAUUACCUGGACCAGUGCCGUUACUGCAAGACCUGCAACUCCCAACAUAACCUGAGGACGCUGCGAGAGUGCACGGCCCGGGAGGACGCCGCCUGUGAGUGCGUGGACGGGUUUUACUGCAGUGACUCGCGCUGUGACCACUGUCGCCGGGUGACGUCGUGCCCGGAAGGACACGGGGUCGAGGCUCCAGCGUCGAUGACAAACGACACGGUCUGCGCUCCGUGCGACAGCGGCUUCUUCAGUGACGUUUCAGAUCACUUCUCUCGGUGUAAACCUCACACCAGGUGUGACGCCAUCGGGAGAGAUCUCAAAACUCCAGGAACUGCUACAACAGAUGCGGUCUGCGGCGGCUUUAAAACACAACCGUGCUCGUGGGCGCUGCCUGCGGGACUGUGGGUCGGACUGGUCCUGACCUCUGCUCUGGUCUUUGCCGUGGCUUUGUUUUGUUGGAGGAGGAAACGAUUCGGACGACACAGAGUGAACCUGAGUCGUCCUGAGGCCCCCGUGGUCCCAGUAGAGGAGGUCCAGCUGAAGCUCCCUCUGCCCUCGAAGGAGCUGUGCGGAGCGGUCUACAGAGAAGAGACCUACAGCCCCUCGUACCCCUGUGACCUGCGCGGGUACGAUUUAGGUGAAAUGGAGAUCAGCUGUGACGGACAUGUCCUCGACCACGGCAGCGUCCCCACCACCCCGCUCAAAGUCUCUUCACCCAAAUUAAACGGAAACUCCGUAUUCUUCGACAGCAGCUACCACAGAACCAUGUCCGAGCCCCAAGAGGACGAGUGGUCCGGGACCUGACAGAGCGGUGAAGGAAACACAACCUUUACUUUACGUUUUUAAAAAGUUUCUAGAGCUGUGUAAGAGUCGACACGAAUCCCACGAGACGAGACACGAGACUGGGACCGAGACAGUGAGAAGACAUCAUUUUUAGCCUCGGAAAGUUAGAUUUAUUUUAUUUAUUAUUGUUGUUGUCAUGGCAGCGCUUCUUUUUUAACGCUCCUCGAGACGUCUUACUCACCAGCGCUUAAACCAACAGGAAAAAAAUCUCACUCCCAAGAUCAUUUUUCCACAUCUUUGCACAAUUUUGUAGCAAUUUCAACUUGCGAGAUCUUGUUCCAACUCUAGAACCUGCACAUUUCACACAGGAAAUAACCAAAAGCGAGGAAUUGUAACCACGCUGCCCCCUGGUGGACAUAAAGAAGAGGUUCGUCUGUACUGAAAACUCUGUACUGUACUUAUGCAAAACCUUGACACAUUUCAUUAGUUUAUUUAUUUCAUGUUAAACUAUUGCUAUUACUUUUACUUGUGUAUACUUUGUGAACGCUAAACUGGAAAAAAAAUCAUAAAUAGUUGUGUUAUUUAUGAAACAUGCAGCUGGGAAGACAGGAGUUUAGUCUGUCCUAUAUGUGAUUUGUUUUGUUUUACAGUAAUGGCUCUAAACUGUGUCUGUUUGCAAAUGCAGAAAGUGUUUUUUUUUAUACAGAGGGAUGUCAGUCCAGUCCCCACUCCCUCCGUAAACCUGUCAUGAGAACACAUUUUGAAGCACAUAUGAUACUGAAACUACUUUACGCCCCUGACUCAAUUAAAAAACAAGCAGGGUAAUACCAGUAAAAACAUUUUUGUAAAUACAGUACCUUUAAAAAAGCAUAAUUUGCAAUAAAUAAAUGACAAAAUGGACCAAAAACUAGUCCUGGAUGUUACUAUUUCAACCCUCUACAGCUCAAAUCUUACCGUGUUACAUAAAAAAAACAGCCAAAAACAGCAGAAAACAGUAGAAACCUCCCACUAUUGGCAAAUAUACCCACGAUAAAUACUGAAAAUCUGUGUGUGUCUCACCCGGAGGAGACCCAGGACACGCUGAAGGCACUAUGUCUCUCGUCUGACCUGGGAACGCCUUGGGGUUCCACUGGAGGACGUGUCUGGGGUGGGGGAAGUCCGGGAGUCCCUGCUUAGACUGCUGCCCCGUGACCCAGCCCAGGAUAAGAGGAAGAAAAUGGACGGAUGAUCAUUAAAAAGCCUAAUCUGCGAUAAAUAAAUGGCAAAAUGGACCAAAAACUAGUCCUGGACAUUGCUUUUUUAACCCUCUACAGCUCAAAUCUUAGUGUUGCAUAAAAAAACAGCAGAAAUUUCCCUCUAUGGCAACAGAACAGCCCCAAAUAUAUAGUUAAAUAUAUAAAUAUGCAGUUUUAUUGUAUUGAAUAUGUUGCUGUAUUGAAUAUCGAGACAAACCUACGAAUAAGCUCAUUGGUCAGGCAUCAUUUACAAACAAAAUCAAACUUCUCUCAUGUCAGAUUAACAAAAAUCGGUGAUGUUUUUUUAGCCUCCUGUCACAUUUUAUUGUUUCCUCAUGACUGGACUCACAUCUUCGUUAAGUAUUUAAGACGUUUAUUCACUGCCAAAACCUACCGGAGUUAAAACAACUUGAAUUUCCGAAAGCGCAUCCUGUUUUGAGAAGUUUUAUUUUACUUCUUUCACUGUAUUUUUUUUACAUAUUGUUAUUUUAAAUGUGCACUGUGUAACUUUUCAGCUGGAGAUGAUGCCGCCUGCUUGUCUCCGUGACGACGUUAUUGUUUUAAUUCCACAUUGUGAUGUUAUUGCUUUGCCAAGUGUCCCACAGUAUGGAAUUAAACAUAUUUAUCGCCAUGGAAACAAGCAGAUGACACCACCAUGCCAAGUAUAACACCGUUCUAUGGAACUUUUUAUGCAAACCGAUAACAUCGCUAUGGAAACGGGCAGGUGUGGUGCCUUCCAGCUUUAAAAAUGUGACCGUUUGCUCUUGGUGUUUGUAUAAAUAUCACAUUGUGUAGUUUUUUUUGUUCAAAAUACUGAAAAAUACCAGGUUGUAGUCGUCGUAGUAUGUCGUUUAUAUGUUGUUUUUUUUCUUUUAUAUAGUAUUUUUUUUUAUAAUCCCUUAAUAAAAACAGCAGUAAAUCAG